AUGUUUCCCCUCCUCUCCCUCGCGCCUCUCUUCCUGAGUCUCACAUCAGCCCUCACACCCGGCCCAAAUCCAGAAGUCCACCCUAAACUCACAACUUGGAAAUGCACCAAAGCCAACGGCUGCACUCCCCAAAACAGCGUCAUUGUCCUCGACCAACUGGCCCACCCCGUCUACCAAGCCAACGACCCCAGCCUCAACUGCGGCACCUGGGGUAACGCCCCCAACAGCACCGUCUGUCCAGACGAAGCUACCUGCGCGAAAAAUUGUAUCGUCGACGGGAUCAGCGACUACGAGAAAUAUGGGAUUAAGACUGAGGGUGGGAGUCUGGUGAUGAAUCAGCUGAAUGGAGAUGGGAGUGUGGUGAGCCCGCGGGCGUACUUGUUGAAUCAGGAGGGGGAUAAGUAUGAGAUGUUGAAGCUGAGUGGAGGGGAGCUAAGCUUCGAUGUUGAUUCGAGUAAGUUGCCGUGUGGGAUGAAUGGGGCUUUGUAUUUGUCUGAGAUGGAGGAAGAGGGGGGAAAAAGUGAGUUGAAUCCCACGGGGGCGAGUUAUGGUGGGGGGUAUUGCGAUGUGCAGUGCUAUACUUUGCCGUUUAUCAAUGGUGUUGCGAAUCUCGACGCCAAAGGCUCAUGCUGUAACGAGAUGGAUAUCUGGGAAGCGAAUGCCGUCGCUACCUCCCUCGCACCACACACCUGCAACCAGACCGGCUUGUACAAAUGUACCCCAGACGAGUGUGCUUUCAACGGCGUCUGUGACAAGUGGGGAUGUUCAUACAACCCUUACGGGCAAGGGAACAAGGACUACUACGGUCGGGGCUCAACGGUUGACACCAACCGACCCUUCACAGUCGUGACUCAAUUUCCAGAAGUCAACGGUACCAUGACUGAGAUUCGGCGACUAUACGUGCAAGACGGAAAGGUUAUCAAGAACGCAGCGGUUAACACCAGUGGUGUCCCAGGAAUUAAUUUCAUGAACGAUGCUGAUUUCUGCGGUAAGCCUGGUGUUGCAUCUCGAUAUAUCGAUCUUGGUGGAACAGCUGGUAUGGGUGAAGCGCUCGGUAGAGGUAUGGUUCUGGUUUUUUCGGUCUGGUGGGAUGAGGGUGGAUUCAUGAACUGGCUGGACAGUGGGAAUACUGGGCCGUGUAAUGCCACUGAAGGUGAUCCAAAGGUGGUGUUGAAGGUAGAGCCAAACCCAGCUGUGACAUGGAGCAAUGUCAAGUGGGGCGAGAUUGGAAGCACUUACUCGGGGACUGCUUAG